GAGCAGCAACAACACCCACAAAGUAAAGUGAUGAUUGAGCAGCAACAACACCCACAAAGUAAAGCAGCCAACAUGAAGUCCAGCUGCUUGCUUGCUGUCUCCUCCUCACUCACUUUCUACAUUUUAUUUACUUCAACACCACGCACACUUCCACUUCAGCUUCUGGACUAUUAGUAGAAGGCUACUCCACCACAGGCUGCCAUGGAUAACUUCUCAGCGCAUGCAUGUUAUCAUGAGGGCGAUAGAAUACACUCAAGCAACACAAACCCACAUGAACAUGAUCUGUUCCAUGAGGACGCAAAGGGCCUUCAGCAGUCCAGUCAGCCAUGGUGGAGGAUCAAACUUUUUAUGUGGGAGCCGGUUCUCUUCGGUACCUGGGAUGGUGUCUUUACCACGUGCAUGAUUAACAUCUUUGGUGUAGUCCUGUUUCUGCGCACAGGCUACUUGGUGUGUCGCUGGACUCUUUUUGUCAUUUUGCAGGGGAACACAGGCUUGCUGCUCGCACUGCUGCUGGUCUCCAUGGUGGUGGUUUUUGCUUUGGUCACAGUCAUGUCUGGGAUUGGCGUGUGCCAGCACUGUGGGGUGGGAAGUGGAGGUGUGUACUCCAUGGUGUCUAUGGUCUUAGGAGGCCGAGUCGGGGGGACUGUGGGGCUCCUCUACGUGUUCGGACAGUGUGUGGCUGCUGCCAUGUACAUCGCUGGCUUCUCCGAGUCGGUGGCCGAGCUGCUUGGUCUUCAGAACCAGUGGGCGGUGAGAGGUGUAUCAGCCGCGGUGCUGCUCGGCCUGCUGGGAAUCAACCUGGCCGGUGUCAAGUGGAUCGUGCGACUCCAGUUGCUGUUGCUGGCGGUGCUGGCCGUCUCCACUCUGGACUUUGUCAUUGGCACCUUCACGCACCUGGACCCGGAACAUGGCUUCAUGGGUUAUUCCUUCGCCUUGCUCAACCGCAACACACUACCAGAUUACAGCCCGGGAGAAGACUUCUUCACCGUGUUCGGGGUGUUCUUCCCCGCCGCCACAGGGGUGAUGUCAGGCUUCAAUAUGAGCUCAGAUCUGCAGCGGCCUGAACACAACAUCCCUGUUGGAACUCUGGCUGCGGUCUUCACCUCGUGGUUCCUGUAUCUGGUCUUCGUCUUCCUCCUCGGAGCCAUCUGCACCAGAGAAGCUCUGCGCUUUGACUUUUUGAUUGCUGAAAAGGUCUCCUUGCUGGGUUUCCUCUUCCUGCUGGGCCUCCACGUGUCCUGCCUGGCGUCUGCCAUGGCCGCCUUGUACGCCGCACCCCGGGUCCUGCAGUGUGUCGCUCACCAAGGGGUCGUCCCUGCCUUGGCCUUCCUGGGACCGGGGCGAGGUCCAAACAAGACUCCGGUGGCCGCCAUCUUUCUAACCAGCCUCCUGAGCAUGGCCUUCAUUUUCAUCGGCCAGGUCAACGUUCUGGCACCCGUGGUCACCAUCAACUUCCUGCUCACCUACAGCUUCAUCGACUACUCCUUCUUCUCCGUGACUAUGACCUCCCAGUUGCAGAAGGAAGACCGAAGCAACAUGGCCACGACCUGCCGACAGCCAGGGUCCAGCAGACGGAGCUGCAGGCCUCUGAUUGAGGGCGCCGCUCCAGACUAUGGCAGCAGAGGAGAAAGUCCACAGAGUAAAGGCACUUUGAUGGAGUUCACCAAGGACAUGGAUCACAUCUUUCCCUCGGUCUACAAUGGAGACGCUGGAUUUGAGCAGACUCUGCGAGGGCAAAGAGGCAGAGAGGCGACGGCCAAGCAGAAGUUGUUGAACAGCUUCGCCUUGGGACUCAAUAGCGAUCUGUCUGAAGAAGACCAAGCAAAGUCUCAGGAAGAACCCGAGGUGGGCCAAACCUGUAUCCCCCGUGUUGAACAAGAUCCUUCUUCUGGGCCUCACAGCGAAGACCCGGGAAGAAAAGCGGAGCAGCAGAAUGAAAAAGUCGAACUCCGACCUGAGUCUCCCUACGCAAAGUUCAGCAACCACUGGCUAGCUCUUAUUGGUGCACUGAGCUCCUUGUUGAUCAUGUUCGUUAUUCAAUGGGUUUAUGCGCUGGCAAACAUCCUUGUCGCCCUGCUGCUCUUCUUCUACAUCGGCAAAACAAGUCCUGGACUACACAGAGGUGUUGCAGCUCCAUUCAGUUUUUUCACCUGGACGAACUCAACAUUAAACACCUUUUGCAGAAGGGCGUCUCCCAGAGAUGAGACCGUGGUGACACCCUCGCUGUCAGGGCUCGGUCUUCAAACCAAGCAGCUGACCGAGGAAAAUGGCGACUUUGCAUCUCGCCGCCGCUACCACCAGUCCUCGUUCAUCAGGGCGGACGAUAUGGUGGUACCACCACAUGAGUAACUAAAACAUCAUGAUCGCUUU